AAGAGUCUUCGCAGCCGUGUGCAGCAGCAGCAGGUGAGCGAGGAGCAUUUGUGCCAAAGACAUGGAGCCACACGUGAGCAGCCCUUCCGCACGCAAGUAUCCCUCCAAGGUGAAAUCGGAGUAAAUGCUCGCAUUACCGCAGUGCUGUAACGCUGAGCAGCUGCUCCAUAAAGUGAAGCUCAAGGGAGCCGCGCGAAGGGCAGGAGUUGCAGCAAGUGCUGCGUGGCCCCGCCCACCCCCACUCGCCCCGCCCACGCGGACGCAGUCAGCGCACCUCCGGUGUCCGCGCGCCGCACUGUCAGCUGCAGACCCGACCGGACUCCGCUCGACGCGACUCGCCUGCUCCGGUAUGGCUGACGGCUGCACCGGCCAUGGCUCUGCGACAUCACACCCUUGACUUCAUGCUCCGCGCGCCAGUGGACUCUCCUGCCAUUGCACAUGGCCUUCAGACCGUUUUUCAGGAGCAAGAAAUGACAGAGACGCUCCACAACACAGAGGGACGUGGCUACCUGGCGACCUACGUCGGCAAGAAUGGAAGAUUCCUCAUUGUGCGAGUGCACAGCCACGGGCUCGUUACCAUCGACCUUCAGUCCAGCGAGGGGGACGAUGUCGUGCAAACGGACAACCUGUUGAACUUGUUGGAGGAGAAGCUGAAAGACAUUCUUAAGGGGAACAUCAAGAGAAUGAAGAGGCUCCCAGCACUGAUGCGAGGGGCCCAAGUGGAUCGGUACUGGCCCACUGCGGACGGGCGGCUCGUGGAGUACGACAUCGACGAGCUCGUUUACGAGGAGGACUCUGCCUACCAGAAUAUCAAGAUCCUGCACUCAAACCAGUUUGGCAAUAUUCUCAUUCUGAACGGAGAUGUCAACUUGGCAGAUAGCGACCUGGCCUACACGCAGGCCAUCAUGGGUGGGGGCCGAGAGCAUUACGAAGGCAAGGACGUCCUCAUCCUCGGUGGCGGCGAUGGCGGCAUCCUCUGCGAAGCUGUCAAAUUGAAGCCAAAGAUGGUCACCAUGGUGGAGAUCGACCAACUGGUGAUCGACGGCUGCCGUAAGCACAUGCGCAAGACUUGCGGGGAUGUUCUGGACAAUCUCCAAGGAGACUGCUAUGAGGUGUUGGUGGAGGACUGCGUCCCUGUUCUCAAGAAAUUUGCAGAAGAGGGAAAGACGUUUGACUAUGUCAUCAAUGACCUGACAGCGGUGCCCAUUUCCACAGCGCCAGAGGAAGACUCGACCUGGGAGUUCUUGCGGUUGAUACUGGAUCUGUCCAUCAAAGUCCUGCGGCCCAACGGGAGGUACUUCACACAGGGAAACUGCGUGAACCUGACCGAGGCGUUGGCUCUGUACGAGGAGCAGCUCAGCAAACUGUCCUGUCCAGUGGACUUCUCCAAAGAAGUGGUGUGUGUCCCGUCCUACAUGGAGCUGUGGGUGUUCUACACUGUAUGGAAAAAGUAAGGCGCUCCUCUGCUUCUCGGCCUCGGGGGAACGAAGAAGGCGAGAGAGCGAUGGGUGUCACUGGGGUCAAGACCAGAUGGAGGUCCAGCCUCGUGCUGCUUCUUUCCGCUCGUACUCCAGUGACACAAAGUGUUUAAUUCUCUAAACUACUCUUAGUAUUUUUUAUUAUUAUUUUUGUCAAAGCUGAAAACAGAAUGUACUCUGUGUAGUGAUGGACACAUGAGGCCCCAUGAGCUGUCGAUGUCCCCAGUUUUUGUGUGUCCUCAUUAGGUUCAGUGAAAUGACCUUUUCAGAGUGUCACCCUGAGACUGACUCACACAGCCCCUCAUUUGGCCCAUCACUCUUAGUCUCUCUGUGUGUGUGUGUGUGUGUGUGUGUGUUUUGUUUUGUUUUGUUUUGUUUUAUUUUGUUUGUUUUUGGGGACGGCUGCUGUUUUGGUCCCUUGCAUCAGCUGUGCACUAGUGUCGGGUAGUUUUGAUUUGAGCUGUGGACAAUGACGGAUCUCUGGUCCCGUGGCCUGCACUGAGCUUUUCUUGCUGAGCUUCAUGCGUUGUCGUUGUGUUUCAAGGCUGUUAAAAGGGAAAUGGGUGCGAUGUCCCCUCUUCCUUACACCUGUCCUGUCCUUUCCUGUCCUAUCGUGCUCCACCCCAUCCCCAAAAUUUCUCCUAAGCUACUGUACUCGGGGUAUUUUUUUUUUUUUUUUUUUUUUUUUAAAAAUCCUUCCUAUAUUUUGUAUACCUGCUUGAAUAGGAAUAACGGGGAGAUGCUGACGUUCCACACUUGCAGAAAGGUUCCGUUGCUUUCGUGCAUCCAAACGCUUUCUCUUCUCAAAUGGUGCUUCGUUGCACCAAAUAAAUUUUAUUUUGCAGAAUUCCUGCCCUGGGAGGGAGGCUCGUUUUGUCUCUCUUAGGUUUUUUCUGCUGCCUUCUAUUGUUCUCUGGCCUCCUGCGGUCCCUGCAGCAGGGGGCUCUAACACUGACUUCUGUGCUAUAAACAGUUGAGGGGGGGCAUGUCACACCACCUUGGAAUGUGUCCAUGUGGGCCCGUGGCCUCGAAGGGGCAGGACUGGCCACUCAUCCAGGAAGACGGGAAGGAAAGAGUUUGAAAAGAGAAGCUGUUCCCUGCUUGUAGUGGGAGGGGCUAUUUUUACUCCAAAGCCACAAGUGCAGGGUGUUGGAGUGUCUGGCAAAACAGCGUUUUUCAAGCAGGCUGCUCUGUGUUUAUGUGGGAGAGGUUUGGGCCAGAACCGUCUCGCUGAACCCAUCGGUCGUCUUCGUUUGCGGUGCUACUUGAGGUGUGUCGCUGGCCCCCCCCCCACUGCACCUGCACUGACUUGCCCAGUGUUACACGCUCACGUUUCCCAUGGUCUGCCAGCAUCAAGCAUGUUGUACACUAUUCAUUUUCCAAGGAAACACUUAGUGGAACAGUAGCUGUAGCUUAAAGAAAAAUAAUUUUAAGUUUCAUGCUUUGAGAAAAGCUGGAUAUUUUAGUGCUUUAUUACAGUGUCCGUCGGGUCCAUGUUUGAGGGAUGGGGGUGGCCAUAGGUGUCCCAUUGUGAAUGUGACCAUGGAGGUUGAGCAGGACGGCUCUGGAGAGGAGAGCAAAUGGUCUUCCUUCCUUCCUUCCUUCCAAAGGCCUCUUUCCAUUCACCUCUGCACAUGUGGCACGGGGCUUGUAUCGCCAGCAGCAGUUAGAACACAGAAUCCGCUCCUCUGCCUCUCCCCCCACCCCACCCCCCAAAAAGAAGAUAUACCAGGUUUUUGUCCGUUUUGCACUAAGUUUUGAAAAGCUUCUGUUCCGUAUUUCUGUAAUUCCCACGUUGCUAUUUUGAGCUGUCCUGUGCUGUCGUCCCGAGCUUUGAGUGGUACCCCGUCUUUACCCAUUUUUACCACGGAUGCCCUUUCAGAUCACUGUACUUGAACAGUGUCAGACAGAUAUUGAGAAUCCAGAAUUGUCUGGGCUGUGCUCUAGAAAAUUUUGAGUCUUUCUGCAUAGAGCAGUCCUGGCUGAAGACCUUUACACAAAACAGCUUUCUUGCGUGGACAGGAAGGCAUGCAGAGUGUGUGAGGAGGGCUGUGGAUCUAAACCCAACAUGUACUGUCUUCUGAUGCUGUGCUUCCACCAAAGUAAGGGAUGUUGGGCACUGAUCUGCAUGACCUGCAGGUGCAAUAUCACGUGUAAUAAAGACACUUUGACUCAGA